AUGAAAUUGGUCCAUACUUUGUUUUUCUCGACAUUAACAUCGUGGACUCUAAUUUCCCUAAAAGAAUCAAUGAUUCCACUCAAAUAUCAUCAUUCAGGAUGGUGGCAUAUGAUUCAGAAGCUGUUCCAAUGAGCCCUUCAAAUAAAAAUAAUAUAUCACUACGUAUUGGUCCAAGAAGUUUUAGUAUAAAAGAGGAAGAAGAGCAAAGGCACAAUAGUCUAAAUUACCAUAUACCAAAAUCUUUAGGUGUUGAUUCAAUAAGACUUUGGGGUGUUGUACAUUCCGGAUGUUGUGGAAUCAGAAUAUAUAAAGAGAAAACUAAAGCUAAAAUUGAUAAAGAUUUAGAAAGCAUAAUAAUAGGUGAUGAAAAUAAUUUAAAUAGUAAUCGAAAUUCUCAAAUAUGGAACAAAAAUUCACAAUCAAUUAAAACUAGAAUUGAAGAAUUGGAAAAAUUCAGAUAUUUUAUUGAAAAGAAUGUUAUUAAGAUUAGUCCAUGGGGUG